CGAACGUCUGUCCUAGACCUCUUCUGACACGAUCACAUGACAUCCCGCUCGUCCAGGUCGUCAUACAGGGCUUGCGACUUGCAUUCUCCGUCUACCUUGUUCGCGUCUCGACAGGCUGGAUAUCACCUAGUUUGACAACUCAGAAUCUGGUGACCGGUUACGGCCAGAGUACAGCGCUCAGCUCUGGAAAGGUGCACAUCAUUAGCAAGUGCGCAGUACUGUUCUGUAGCCUUCGUCGACGUCUCAGGCAACAGGCAUAUACUUGCAAGUCGACUACUUGGCACUAUACAGCAUGCCGCCUAGCCAACGAGUUCUACGACCGCGUAAACAGCGGCCGGAUGCUCCAGCCAAGGCCAGAAGCAGAACGCAGCGCAAGCGAUCAAAACGUCAUGAGGGGCAGAGCCUAGUGUCCCCUCGACCCUUGAAACUACCAUUGGAAUUGCUGCUGCUGGUUCUCUCAGAAGUCGAUUCCAACACCACGCUCGUCAAAGCAAGCCGGGUGUGCCGCACGUUCCAAAACGAGGUCGAACACAUUCUGUAUCGAGAGGUCAUUGUAUACCGUGUACCGCACAUUCGCAGUCUACACCGGGCUCUGACCAAGGCGCCCCGACGCGCAUCCCUCAUCCACACAUUUCGGCUCGUAGACAACGGGCGCAUCGCAAUGGUUGUGCCGCUGCUCAAUGAGAUACUCCUCACGCUCAAGAACCUCAAGCACCUGGAGCUGGACCUCACUAGCUGCUUCUAUAGACCCGAGCUAUACCGCUCCGUGCUGAGGACGCUCUCCGAGUGCCCAUUCGCCCUGCAAUCGUACGAAAGCUAUGUGGGCAGCGAUGCGGAGCUGAUCCGGUUCCUCAGCCGGCAGCCAAGCAUCGAGUUCUUCGGCAUCAAGGGCGCGGUGCUCGAUAUGCCGGAGUGGACCCUCCCGCAGGACGUUCUGCCCCGUCUCAAGUACCUCCAGACCGACGACGACUUCUACCUGAGCGCAUUGCACGCUCCUCGCAUGGUCACGCACCUUGAUGUCUCUGCGCUGCCAAUAGACGAGGAUCAGCUGCAUGACAUCCUGCAGAACGUCGGAAAACAGCUCGUCAGCUUCAAGUACGCGAGAGACUCGCUCCCGCCAUUCCCUAUCGACCAACCGGUCGACAUACUACGAGGUGGAGCCCUUCCGAAGCUCAAGUUUCUCGAGCUGGGGGACUUCAUGGAACGCGGUGCUGAGUCGUGCUUUGACCCUCACGCUGAUAUUUCGUAUGUGUCCGAGCCAAGCUUCGCAUUGGACACCCUUGUUUGGUCUGCGGUGUGGUUCACCAACGCGGGGCGGGACGGCAUACUCCACGAACCGAUCGGCCGCUUGGCCUACGCUCGCCUAUGGGCGAAGAAGCUCCUACAAGCGAGUCGUACCCUGCGCAGAAUAUACUACGUCGAGCUGGAUGAGUUUGAAGGGGAUUUCAUGACGGGGACGCUGUUCACGUUGUCGGCCGACGGCGUGGUAUUAUCGCAUGAACACAAGGGGGAGGAGGAGAUACCGAUGUGGUAUACCGUUUGAUAUGUGAGUCCUCACUCUGAAUGAUGCAGGGACGAUGAGAGUAGGAACGAGUAGCCCACUCUUUUUCAGACUCGAACACUCCGGAAGAUACAAGGGUUGUGAAUACGGACGAGCGAAGAUCAUAGUGUACAUACUCGGUAUUUUCGCGUUACAUGCUCAGGGCUUCUACCGCCAAAGCCAUAUAUACAACAUCGAGGUUAAGUCUCUCCGCAAGGGCGUCGACCACCGCGAUGGAUGGUAAGUUAUGUG